AUGGAUCCGACUUUGUUAUCCUACGGGGCUUACCUUAGCGGCUCAAAUCCUUUUUUUCCAAGCCCUUACGGCGUUGCCCAACCGGGCGGUUCGCAACCACCCCAAGAACAAGCCGAACCCGAAGUGGAUACGGUGUCGGAGACGCAACCCGAACUCGAUCACGAGACAUCUAAACGCGGUAGAAGGUCGCACAAAAAAAAAGAAACGGACGCUCCUCGUCGUAAGGGAAGUUACCUUGUUUGGACAAAAGACGAGGAAUACGCGUUGGCUCGGGCGUGGCUGAACGUUUCGGAGGACUCCGAACAAACUAUCAAACUUCUCCAACAUUUUGGAUCAAAAUUUGUGAGCUUUUUUUUUAAUGCGAUGGGAAAAGGUGAAUAUCGAGACAACGAUUCGAUAUCUAGCAAAUGGACUGAUUUGAACCAUAAAUGUCACCAAUUCCAAGAAGUUUAUCAACGAACGAAGGAUAAUUGGCCGAGCAGAGGAGGUGAUGUCGAUAUUUUAACGAGGGCUAUGGAAGAGUACGACAAAACAAGAGUCGUUUUCACGUACUAUAGAUGUUGGGAGCUUCUAAAAAAUAGUCCAAAGUGGGCUAACGUACCGACCAUGACGUCUAGUAGUAGACGUAAAGCUAAACGGUCGAAAACGUCAUCCUCGGUUGACCCGGAAACACCGACUUCCGAUGCGCGCACCGUCGACUUAAAUGUUAUUUUGGACGAUGAUGAGGAAGAUGAAGAGUUGUCCCGACCGCCCGGUAGAAGAGAAGAAAAAAAACCGGGAAAAAAACCGGUAGAGUCGUCUUCCAAUAAUCUCGAGUUGAAGGGAGAUUUUGAGGAGAUGAACCAACGUCUCCAAGACAUUCGAGACCUCGGUCACAAGCGUUGGGAGACUAUGCAAGAACGACUCAUCGAAAACAAAAAAUUUAACGAGAUGCAAGCGGCAAGGCAAACAGAAAAGGACAUAGACUUUUUGUCCAAACCGAUCGAUCACCUCCAAGGCGACGCGUUAAUCGUUGCGCAAAUGCACCGCCAAAAACUUCGAGAAAAAUACGGCCUUUAG